UGUUCACGUGUAAUUUUGAAUUUAAAUGUAAAAAAAAGACUAAAGGCCAACGUGGAACGAGGUCUCUUCCGCGGUCCUUUCACGGAAAUUACUUCAUGUCCACGGAGUUUUACAGGGGAGCUGAACUAUAAUAUGGGAUCAGAAAUCAGCGCUGAGGAAAUUAAUGAUCACCAAAACGGAGACGUGAAAAAAGACGACGAUUUGCACGGAAAAGUCACCGAAACAGCAAACGAAAAUGACAAAGACAGCAAAACGGCGCAAGAAGAAAGACAAACGAACGGCGAUGUUCGCAACAGAAAAACUGGCAGGGCGGGAAAUAGAACUAAAGCCGAACUUAGGAAAUCUAUUCUUAAAACUAAACCUCCGAGCAAGAAGGAACAGCAUACAUCGGUAGCUUCCAAGUGGCUGUCAUCUGUCAGUGCAGGUUUAAAUGGCAAAAGUAGAACAUCGGUGAUGGUGAAAUUGCUAAUUUUCUUGGCAGUUUUGGGGCUUGCGUUCGCCACAAGAUUUUUUAACGUUACCCUUCCGGCGCAUAUCUGGUUGGUAUGA